AGCCCUUCGUAAUUUGACGUGUAAACAUUUUUUUCCCUUUCCAUGGUUUACUCUGUAGCUUUCUACGUUUAUUCAACAAGGCAACGAGGCGGCUAUAGGUUCGCUUCUUCUCAGCUGUUCGCCAGAUAGAUCUGUAGAUAAGUGUACAUAUUAGAAAUAUAAACAGAAACAACGAAAGGGCGCGCACGCAUUUCUUUAUUGCUGCCUUGCUUUCCAUCUCCCCUGGUGGCUUUGUACAUAGAUAUAUAAAUCAAUAUAUUUAAUAUAGCUGUGUUUUUUGCAAUGGAUGUGAGAUGUCGCCGGCUGGUGAUGUGCUCGACUCUUGUGGUUUUCUGUGCCGUGGUGUGCGCUGUGGACCUCGCUGCCGGGAACAGACAGUAUGUGAACGAAUGGGCGGUGGAGAUACCAGGAGGACUCGAUGCUGCCCGGGCGAUCGCCAAAGAACUGGACUACGAACUGGUCAGACAGAUCGGGGCGCUAGAAAACCAUUACUUAUUCAAACAUCACAGCCAUCCCAGGAGGUCCAAACGAAGUGCCGAGCACAUCACCAAGCGGCUGUCGGAGGAUGAGCGGGUGUCGUGGGCAGAGCAACAAUAUGAAAAGCAACGCAGGAAGAGGGCGCCGCUGGGGGCGGAGUGCAGCGACUGCCCUGUGGACAAGCUGUUCGAUGACCCCAUGUGGAACCAGCAGUGGUACCUGCAAGACACCAGGACGAAUCCCUCUCUGCCCAAACUGGACCUCCACGUGAUCCCUGUGUGGAAGAAGGGGAUCACAGGGAAGGGCGUGGUCAUAACCGUGCUGGACGACGGGCUGGAGUGGAACCACACGGACAUCUACCCCAACUACGAUCCGGCAGCAAGUUACGAUUUCAAUGACAACGACCCUGACCCCUUUCCGAGAUAUGACUCAACCAAUGAGAACAAGCAUGGGACCAGAUGUGCCGGCGAGAUCGCCAUGCAGGCAGAUAACAACAAGUGUGGUGUGGGCGUGGCAUACAACUCCAAAGUUGGAGGUAUUCGGAUGCUGGACGGGAUUGUUACGGACGCCAUCGAGGCGAGCUCCAUCGGCUUCAGCCCCGACCACGUAGACAUCUACAGCGCCAGCUGGGGGCCCAACGACGACGGCAAGACAGUGGAGGGGCCUGGCCGCCUGGCUCAGAAGGCCUUCGAGUACGGCAUCCAGAAGGGACGAGGCGGAAAAGGUUCGAUCUUCGUGUGGGCCUCCGGGAACGGGGGCAGGCAGGGGGACAACUGCGACUGCGACGGCUACACGGACAGCAUCUACACCAUCUCCAUCAGCAGCGCCUCCCAGCAGGGGCUGUCCCCCUGGUACGCCGAAAAGUGCUCCUCCACCCUGGCCACCGCCUACAGCAGCGGGGACUACACCGACCAGAGAAUUACCAGCGCUGACUUGCACAAUGAAUGUACAGAGACACACACUGGAACUUCUGCCUCUGCACCCCUGGCUGCUGGGAUCUUCGCUCUGGCCCUGGAGCAAAACCCCGAUCUCACCUGGAGGGACCUGCAGCACCUGGUGGUGUGGACCUCGGAGUUUGACCCGCUCGCCAACAACCCCGGUUGGAAGAAGAACGGCGCCGGGCUCAUGGUCAACAGCCGCUUCGGGUUCGGGCUCCUGAAUGCCAAGGCUUUGGUGGACCUGGCUGACCCCAAGGUGUGGAAACACGUCCCUGAGAAGAAGCAGUGCAUUGUGAAGGAUGAGACCUUCCAGCCCAGGGCAUUAAAAGCCGCCGGGGAGAUCACGAUCGAGAUCCCCACCAAGGCCUGCGCCGGGCAGGACAACGCCAUCAAGUCGCUGGAGCACGUGCAGCUGGAGGCCAGCAUCGACUACACCAGGAGGGGGGACCUGCACAUCACCCUCACCUCCCCAUCAGGCACCAGCACCGUCCUGUUGGCGGAGAGAGAACGGGACACCUCCUCCAACGGCUUCAAGAACUGGGACUUCAUGUCCGUGCACACCUGGGGAGAAGACCCGGCAGGGACCUGGACCCUGAAGAUCACAGACAUGUCUGGGAGGAUGGAGAACGAGGGCCAGAUCGUCAGCUGGAAGCUGAUCUUGCACGGCACGUCAGAGCGCCCAGCACACAUGAAGACAGGGAGGGUGUACAUCCCGUACAACGCCGUUCAGAAUGACCGCAGGGGCGUGGAAAGGAUGGAGGAAGCCCCCACUGAGGCUCAGAAGCCCCUGCCAAAAUCCCAGCCAGCCACAGGCUCCUCUCCAGGGGGAGCAGUGGAGGAGAGGGCACCCUCUGCUGCCCUCAUGCGUCUCCUCCAGACCGCCUUCAACAGGCAGACGCCGGCCAGCAAAUCCCGCCCCGUCCGACCCCAGCCGCACCCCAGCCCCAGCGACCAGGAGGAGGAGAGCCCCAGCCCUCAGAUGCCCUACCAAAACCUCUACCAGGCCCUGGACAGGCUGAACCGGUUCAAAGGCCCAGAGGAAAGCCUGUACAGCGAUUACAGCGACGGCUUUUACAGCGCCAAGCCCUACAGGCACCGGGACGACAGAUUGAUCCAGGCCCUCUUCGACAUGCUCUCGGACGACAGCCAGUGAGACGGGCACCAG